AUGGAGAUAUGUCGCUCAUCAGUUUGUUUAUUAACUAUAUUAUUUUUCCUGAAUGUUACAAACUAUGUGACAUCAGCAACACUAGUUUCGUCUGAUAAAACAACAAAAGCAGAUAUUGCAAGUCCAGUGAUCUAUCAAGUGAGAGAUGGAUUUUAUUCUCUGAGUAAUUCUUCGAUAAAUCGUGCAACAUCUGAACAUUUCCAAAUUAUUUGGGGGAAUAAGGAUACAACUGGAAGUGUAAAUCUGGAGUUUAUUCAAGGAAAUUUAGCAAAUCUAGAAAGUAUUCGUUUAUUUUAUAUUGAAAAAAUUGGUUUAGGAGAUAUCGGACGUACUCAAGAUCCAGCCAUAACUGGAACUUAUAAGACGAAUAUUUACAUUGCACUGACUGGACUUGAUCCGAGUUUUGAUGAUUGGGCCUAUAUGGGAGUAGAUAAGGAUUCGUUUGGCUUUAUAAUGAUGAUGCCAGGCGCAAUGCGUGUAGAUCCACCAAGUUGGGUUGUACCUCAUGAACUUGCACAUGCAUUUAUUUUUCAUAAUGGUGGAGUUGUUCCCUAUGCUUGGAAUGAAGCCCUAUCAAAUUUCUUGCGCAAUGAAUAUUUGUAUAGUGAUUAUUAUAGUUAUGGUGGAACAAUCUAUGGUCCAACCUCUGACUUCUUUGCACCUUAUAUACUAAAUUCUGAAGUACAUUUUCCAAGUGCGAAGAAUUGGUAUGAUUCAUGGCCGAUUUUUUUAUACAUUUACGAAAAUCCCGACUACAUCAUCGGACUUGGUAAGCAGGCAUUGUUAAAGAUAAUGACCUACCGAAAAGAAGAAACAACUUAUUUCAAAGCCAUUACAGCUGUAACGCACGUUUCUAUCAAAGAGAUAUUAGGUGGAAUGGCAAGAAGAAUGGUAACCAUGGAUUUUAAGGCACAAAAAUACUAUUUACAACAUUUGGAUGAACUUUUGAAAAUCAUUGGAAAUCGGGAAAAGAUUUAUACCACAUUAAAAAAUGAAAAUGAUGGUUGGAUGGUUGUUCCUGCAAACAAGGCUCCACAACAAGCAGGAUACAAUAUUAUUCCUUUAACUAUACCUUUAAAUACAGCUUCUAUUACUGUUAACUUCCAAGGAACGAGUACAGAUAAGAAUGCUGAUUGGAGAGUCAGUAUUGUUACUGUAACGAAAAGUAACAAUACAAUAAACUUGCAUGGUGAUGAAAAAGGCGUAUAUUUAGUUGUUGUUGCAACUCCUGAUUUUAUUCCAUUUAUUGACAUCGACAAAGAUGGAAUUACGUAUCCAUAUAAAGUACAAGUGACAACACGUUAG